CUAAAAAAGAACAAUGAAAGUUAGCUUAGUAAAAAGGGCAUCCCUUCCAAGUCAAGCAUGAGGACAAAGGCCACUCUCUCCUUCACCUAAUUAAUUAGUAAUAUCUCUCCUUAAUCGGAAAUCUCUCUCCUUUUCUCUCCAUCACACUCAUCCAUAUCUAUCUAUCAAACUCUGCCUUUUUUACUCUCUCUCUCUCUCUCUCUCUCUCUCUCUCUCUCUCUCUCUCUCUCUCCCGCACAGACAUUUGUGCGAUUAUUUAUCUCUAAUGUGUUCUGUGUUCACAAUGUUGUGCUGAUUGUAAUUUACCUAAGGUUGCGAAGCGCAAUGGCGUACAGACAAGGAGUGAAAUCGAAGAAAUUGAACUCGAGAGCUGCGAAUUCGCCCUCUUCUUCGACGACGUCGUCUUCGAAGCAGUUUCUGGAGACUUCUGUGGAAGGAUUGAGCUCUCCUGCUUCUUCGACUUCGAGAAGUAAGCCGCAUUUCUAUUACUCUGAGACAACGCCUAUAGAUGUGCAGAGAUCUAAGGAAAAUGUGACUGUAACUGUUCGAUUUCGGCCUCUCAGCCAGAGAGAAAUUAAGCUAGGGGAGGAGAUUGCCUGGUAUGCGGAUGGGGAAACUAUUGUGCGGAGCGAGAAUAAUUCCUCAAUUGCAUAUGCAUACGACAAGGUAUUUGGUCCAACGACUACAACACGCCAAGUGUAUGAUGUUGCAGCUCAACAUGUCAUUAACGGUGCCAUGGAAGGCAUUAACGGCACUAUCUUUGCAUAUGGUGUGACAAGUAGUGGGAAGACGCACACUAUGCAUGGUGAUCAGAGGUCACCAGGAAUAAUACCAUUGGCUGUCAAGGACACUUUCAGUAUCAUCCAGGAGACACCAAGUCGUGAAUAUCUGCUUCGAGUCUCAUAUCUUGAAAUCUAUAAUGAGGUUGUUAAUGACUUGCUAAAUCCUGCUGGACAGAACUUAAAAAUAAGAGAAGAUGCACAGGGAACAUUUGUUGAAGGAGUGAAGGAGGAAGUUGUAUUAUCUCCAGCUCAUGCCCUUUCUCUCAUUGCUGCUGGAGAAGAGCAUAGACAUGUUGGUUCCACGAAUUUCAAUUUGCUCAGCAGCAGGAGUCAUACAAUAUUCACACUGACAAUAGAGAGUAGUCCAUGUGGUGAACACAGAGAAGGCGAAUCUGUUAAUUUGUCACAGCUGAAUCUUAUCGAUCUGGCAGGUUCAGAGAGUUCCAAGGCUGAAACAACUGGUGUUCGUCGUAAAGAAGGAUCUUAUAUUAAUAAAAGCCUUCUGACUCUUGGAACUGUGAUUUCAAAAUUAGGAGAGGGAAAGGCUUCACAUGUACCAUACAGAGAUUCAAAGUUGACUAGACUUCUUCAGUCUUCAUUAAGUGGUCAUGGCAGAGUUUCACUCAUAUGCACUGUUACUCCCUCUUCAAGCAAUUCGGAAGAGACACACAACACAUUGAAAUUUGCCCACCGUGCAAAACAUAUUGAAAUUCAAGCAGCACAAAACAAGAUAAUUGAUGAAAAAUCACUUAUCAAGAAGUAUCAACAUGAGAUUCGUACCCUAAAAGAAGAACUGGAACAACUAAAGAGAGGUAUAGUUACGAUUCCUCAACUGAAGCGCACAGAAGGAGAUGACAUUGUAAUCCUUAAACAAAAGUUAGAAGAUGAUCAAGUCAAGUUACAAUCGAGAUUGGAACAAGAAGAAGAUGCCAAAGCUGCUUUGUUAAGCAGAAUACAGAGGUUAACAAAGUUAAUCUUGGUCUCUACAAAAACCUCACAGGCUUCUAGAUUUUCUCACCGGCCUGGUCCGAGAAGACGGCAUUCUUUUGGAGAAGAAGAGCUUGCAUAUCUUCCACUUAGAAGGCGGGAUUUGAAUUUAGAUGACCAAAACAUUGAUACAUAUACUUCCGUUGAUGGAAAUUUUGAAACUGCAGACGAGACACCGAAGGAGGAGAAGAAGACCCGAAAGAAUGGAUUGUUAAACUGGUUAAAACCACGGAAACGAGAUAAUGGCUCGAGAACUUUUAUGAGCACUAGUGAGAAAUCAAGUGGGACAAAGUCUAUGAGCACGCCGUCAACCCCUAAAGCGGAAAGUGGUAAUCUUCUCAUGGAAUCUCGGCUUUCGCAGAAAGCAGAAAAUACUCCAUCUUCUGAUCUUCUAUCGGAUGCUAGGCAUGGAAGAGAAACUCCUGAAGAAUCUUUACAACAUGAAACCCCUCUGACUAGCAUACAUACAUUGGACCAAAUAGAUCUUCUGAGGGAGCAACAAAAGAUAUUGUCUGGUGAGGUAGCUUUUCAUUCAAGUGUGCUGAAGAGGUUGUCAGAUGAGGCCCUGAGAUAUCCUAAGAAAGAAUAUAUUCAAGAGGAGAUGGCAAAGUUGCAGGGUGAAAUCAGAAAGAAAAAUGAACAAAUAGCUCUCCUAGAACAGCAAAUUGCUGGUUCUGUUAUAUCUUCUAUGGACAAUCUGGAUCAGCUGGAACUGUCAGAGUCUGUAGCUGACCAUGUAGCUGACCUGGUGACACGAUUAAAUGAGAAAUCCUUUGAACUCGAGGUUAAAGUUGCGGACAAUAGAGUAAUUCAAGAGCAGCUCAGCCAAAAGAUUGAUGAAUGUGAAAAAUUGCAACAAACAGUUUUGUCUUUGCAAGGACAGCUAUCAGAGGCACGGGAGCUAAAAAAUCUCAGCCAAAUGAUUGAUAAUUCGAUACGGUUCCCUGAAACAGAAAAAGUUAACAUGGAAAAUUCCUUAAUGAACAAGACUGCAGUGUCGAAAGAUGUAUAUGAAGGGUCAUUUCUGAAAGCCCAGAUGGAGAUCGGAGAACUCACAGUGAAAGUGACUGAGCUAACUGAAUCAAGAGAGAAGCUAGAAAUACAGAAUCAGCAACUUGCAGAAGAAAGUUCUUAUGCAAAAGGGUUAGCCUCCGCUGCAGCAGUCGAGCUGAAGGCUCUGUCGGAAGAAGUUGCAAAGCUCAUGAACCAUAAUGAGAGACUAACUGCAGAGCUGGCAGCACAGAAGAAUUCCCAGACGCAACGCAAAACUUUUGCAGCCAAUAGAAAUGGUAGAAGGGAUGUCAAUAUCAAACGACAUGACCAAGGCAUAGUAAACCCAGAAGUCAAGAGAGAAUUGGCUUUAUUGCGUGAAAGAGAGCAUUCAUAUGAAGCUGCUUUAGCAGAAAAGGAUCAAAGAGAGGCUGAGCUUCAACGAAGAGUUGAAGAAUCCAAACAGAAAGAGGCUUAUCUUGAGAAUGAGCUUGCAAACAUGUGGGUCCUUGUAGCAAAGCUGAAGAAAUCACAAGGACCUGUAAAUGCUUCCGAGUUAACUAGAGAAAGCUCUAUAGUUGAGGAUGAUUAUAAAAUUUGGAAUGGCACAAAAUAAACAAAGAACUUCCUGUGAUGUGUAAAUAUAACACAGAAAAAUUGUGCUUGUUUUGUUUUUAGGGUGCGUACUUUCCAGAUGUCGGCAAGGAUAUCCAAUAGUGUACAGGUAAUUUUGUUGUCCAUUUUAUUCCAGGGUUCAUCCUUUAGGGUUAGUCCUUUAGUUCACUAUGUAAUUAGUUGUGCAUCUCACUCAGGAGGCAUGGUUUUGGUUUUGAUGUUUGUAAGAUUAGGCAACAAUGCUUUUAGCCCUCAUUUAAUAUAUAUGGUUACAGGCUGAGAA